AGUAUGAGUGUAAGGAAGGAGGGUUUGUGUGAAGGGCGGAGGCGACGAGAGCGAGCGAGAGGUGCGGAGCGAGAUUAGGCGAGACAUGAAUUCGUUGUCACCGUUCACGCCACCGAUAGUGAAACGUUUGUUAGGUUGGAAGAAAGGAGAAUCGGAAAAAGAAGACAAGUGGUCCGAAAAGGCGGUGAAGAGCCUGGUUAAGAAGCUGAAAAAAUGUGGAGGCAUUGACGAACUGGAGAAGGCGAUAACUACUCAGGAGUCGAACACCAAGUGUAUCACGAUCGCCAGCUCUUUAGAUGGUCGAUUGCAAGUUUCACACCGUAAAGGCCAUCCACACGUGAUUUAUUGCCGUCUGUGGCGGUGGCCAGAUCUACAAAACCAUCAGGAAUUGAGGGCUGUUGAGAACUGUGAAUACGCAUACCAUUUGAAACGUGAAGAAGUUUGUGUGAAUCCAUACCACUAUACCAGAGUGGAGGCCCCAGUCCUUCCUCCGGUUCUGGUACCUCGACACCAACCCAAUGAGAUUCCCGCCAGGGAGAACUUCCCGCCACUGACUGACUAUGCAACAACAGUACCAAACACAGACUUCCCGGCUGGAGUUGAUGAAAAUACAUUCAAUAUACCAGAAACUCCACCUCCGGGCUACAUUAGUGAGGAUGGUGACACUACAGACAACCAAGGAAUGGAUGGCGUUGAUUUGUCUCCAAGUCCCCCUAUAGAUGCUCAGCCUGUGACAUAUCGAGAGCCAGAUUUCUGGUGUUCGAUUGCCUACUACGAACUCAAUACCAGAGUAGGCGAGACUUUUCAUGCCUCGCAGCCGUCUCUCACCGUCGAUGGCUUCACCGAUCCUUCCAACUCCGAGCGCUUCUGUCUUGGUCUGCUGUCCAACAUUAAUAGAACACAACAGGUGGAGAUGACCAGAAGACAUAUUGGCUGUAAUUUGAAAAUCUUCAACAAUCAAGAGUUUGCUGCAAUGCUGGGUCAAUCUGUGAAUCAAGGCUUUGAAUCUGUCUACCAACUCACCAGAAUGUGUACUAUACGAAUGAGUUUUGUGAAAGGGUGGGGAGCCGAAUACAGACGACAGACAGUAACGAGUACGCCAUGUUGGAUAGAGAUCCAUCUGAACGGGCCCCUUCAGUGGCUGGAUCGUGUCCUCACACAAAUGGGCUCUCCGGGCCUGCCGUGCUCCAGCAUGUCCUAAGAGAGUGCUUUACUGUUAAAGGUGUGUACAUGUGCGUAUGAGCACGAGAAAGCGUGCAUGCGUAUGCGUGCGUGCGUGUGAGUGUGUGUG